GGACACGGUGUCCUUGCGUACAGUGGUCUGACUGGCGCCCUGGAGUAGCGGGCAGGCUAGGUAGGGUACGGCUGUACAUUCCUUUGGGCCCCAGCGUUCCAACUCCAGCCUGGGACAAUGUACACAGAAGGGGGCGGACGCAGUCCCGGAGCCGUCGGGGCAGUGCCCUCCUGCGGCGGCUUGGAAGGUGCGGAGUCUCAGCGGCCAGUAAACGCCUGUGAGGGAUCCCCGGGCAACGGGUCCCAGUUAGGGACCCAGGACCGCAGCUCCGGGAGCCUGGACACCAUGGAGGUGCCGGCGGGGGCGGCGCUGGUGUUGCGGCUGCUGAUCGCUGCGGUGUACCUAGCCGUGUGUGCGGUGGGCCUGGUGGGCAACGUGCUGGUGAUGGUGCUGGUCCGGGCGCGGCAAAGACGCCGGCCAUCGGCCUUGAACUGCUUCGUCCUCAACCUGGCGGCCACCGACUUCCAGUUCGUGUUGACCCUGCCCUUCUGGGCGGUGGACACAGCCCGGGACUUCAGUUGGCCCUUCGGAAGCGCCAUGUGCAAGAUUGUGCUUUCGCUGACUGUGCUCAACAUGUACGCUAGCGCCUUCUUCCUCAGCGCCAUGAGCAUGGCGCGCUACUUCAAGGUGGCUGGGGCCUUGCGCCGCCACAGCCUCGACGGCGGAGGUGGCGCCUGCUGCAGGGCGGCCACCCCAGUUUGGGUCUGUGGCCUGCUUUGGGUCGCCGCCUCCCUGGCCACAGCGCCCACGGCUCUCUUCUCCACUGUGGCCAGCGUGGCCGGCGAGCGUCUCUGCCUGCUCCGCUUCCCCGACGGUAGCUGGGACUGGCUGGCUCUCUACCACGUGCAGAAGAUCACCGUGGCCUUCCUACUGCCCCUGGCCACCUUGUCCGCCUGCUACCUGCUGCUACUGCGCUUCCUGCGCCAGCGGCCACGGCCUUGGCUACGGGAGGUCACCGGGCCGUCGGGGGCCCCCAGUAGUCCCCGGAGGCCCUCGCGGGUGACCCGCUCCGUGACGGUGGUGGUGCUCGCCUUCUUCCUCUGCUGGCUGCCCAAUCACGCCAUCACGCUCUGGGGAGUGCUGGUUAAGUUCAACGCUGUUCCCUGGGACCGGGCCUACUACCUGGUGCACAGCUACCUGUUCCCGGUGACCAUCUGCCUGGCGCACGCCAACAGCUGCCUCAACCCCCUGCUCUACUGCCUGCUGCGGCCGGAGUUCCGGCAGCUGCUGUGGGAGCUGUGCUGCCGCCGCCGCCGCGGUCUCUCGUCCUCUUGCCCCGCUAAGGGCGGGCCCGCGAGUGCUUCCUCUGGACCGGCCCAGAGGCGGUGGAGGAAUUCGAGCUGCAGCGAGCCGCCGGCACCGCCGGGCCGAAUCUGAGCGCGGGGAAACCCUGCGGCCGGCCCCAGCCAGGGCCAGAAGAGAGGGAAGGACGGACGGAUGCCGAGCUGUGGGGAUCAGGACCAAGGAGAGGGCAGUGGCUUCCCUUGGGGGAAGUGAGAGCGGGAAAGAAAUUGAGAGAUGAGGUAGCCCAAACCUUUCACUUGACGGAUGAGCGAACUGUGACUGAGUGGAGGGAAGGUACUUAAGAGCUCCCCACCAGUAAGUGGCAGUCGGGACCUAAAUCCAAGCCUUCUAAGGCCACGUCCCGUGCCCCUUUCCUCUCCCCGCCUCCCUCUCCUCCCACUUGAGGUGACAGUGUGUGGUUGAGCUGUGUGGAGACGGAAGCCAUGGGCGGGUUGGCUUUAGGGGCAGGGGCUGCGAAGAGAUUGUCUCGAUAAUAAUGUUUUCCCGACGUAGGGGCCCUUCAGAGCCUAGGCUCCCGGGGCUCGGUUCGCUCAUCACCUACAGUUCUGUCAUCCAGUGACACAAAUCAGAGCAUGCUUAUUUUCUUUGUAAUCGAUUAAUAUGUUUAAACUCUGGAAAAUCCCGGCUUUGUUUUUGUGUGGGUCUGGCUGGGGAGUGGAGGAGGGAACCCAUGGGUUGCAUCCAUUAACUAAGCAUAUUGAUUGCAGAGAAACUUCAAGCAUGAAAAGCAUGCCUCAGGGGAAAGGGGGAGGCAAUUUUGAGCCUCAGAUGGGUUCCAAUAUAUUCUGACUGCAUCACCUUAUACGUACAUGAAAGAAAAAAAAUACUCUGCUCCUGGGACCAAAAGGGUGUAAGUGGGACUACCACGGCUGCUCACGCUAGUCCCUUCCUAGGACUGCCAGGAUUGCCAGACUGGAAAUUUCUUCUGGGUACUAGAUGUCCUCAAUUUCCUCACGUGUGUUAUAAGUGGAACCAUUGGACUGAGGCUCUAGGGCCAAGGCCUUUCCCCAGUAGCAAGUGAAGCAUUUGGAACAACUACAGUCUAUUCUUUUGAAUUUCCAAAGCAGUAUUUUGCUAGAACUCUGUAAUGGUGAUCUUUAAAUUGGGAUCUAAAAGGCUUUUUAAGGUGUAGCUGUAAGCUGGCUCCUUGUGGCCAAAUCAGAAUAAAUGGACGUGUUUAUUCAA